AUGUGCUGCAGAUACCGCGUCCAGGCGAUUACUGAGGUCAACAGCCCUCAAGGCACUCCUCUUGUCCCUGAUGCAACCGAAAUCCUGGUUGCCCAAAAUUUGCCCGACGGCUACUGGCUCGAAGCGUUUCACUUCCACAAAGAGGCGAAGUACCCUGACCUGGUUGGGUACGGCCUGGGAUUCGAAGACAAGCCCUCAACCAUCACGCUCUUUGUGAAUCCUAUGAACUACUAUGACCAACCGGGGGAUAACAAAUGGCAUGCCAUUCCCAUCCAGACCAUGGACUUCCCGGUUGCCAUGACCUUCGGCGACUUCACCGGGGAUGGUUACAAUGAUAUCGUUAUCUGCGAUCGAUAUGGCCCUAGCAUGACUGAUUUAUGGGAUGCUUCUGAGAAUGACGGUGGACGGGUUCAAUGGCUCAGGAACCCUGGUGAUCGUUUACACAAGGGUGAUUGGACACCUGGACGCAUUGGAAACUCCACAGGCAUGCAUAGGCUCAAAGUCGGUCACUUCACUACCAGAGAUCAGUUACAGGUUAUGGCAAUCCCCAUUAUCUCCAAAUCUGGUGACCUAGAGAGCUCCGUCCCCGUUCUUCUCUACACGCCCUGCUAUGAUUCCGUGGCUAGCGACGGCCCGACAUCCUGGGCAAAAGAAGUACCGUUUCUCGGCGAGUUCAGAUUGAUCCACGACAUCAAGGUAUUCCGAGGCGACGCGCGUGCACUUGACACUGUACUCGUUGCCGGGCGCGAGGGAGUGUGCUACCUCUAUCAUAAAGAGGGAAAGUGGAAAUACGAAAUCGUGGGCACAGGUCUGCCUCGCGAGGGCGACAAUCCGUACUGGGGCUCGGGCUCAGUUGACGUGGGCAUGGUUCACGACGAUCCAGUUGGCUAUAUCGCCACUUGCGAGGGCUUCCACGGGAACAGCAUCGCCAUCUACGUCAAGAACCCCGAUGCACCGAAGGGCACUGCGUCACUCCUCGAUAGUUCUCACUGGGCGCGCGUUGUCGUCGACAACUUUGGCCCCUUAACUGACGACCAUACGGGCACGGUUCACCAUGUUGCCACCGGUGACUUCGAUGCCAACGGGGUGGAUGCGUUUGCGAUCGCCUGCAUGGGUGUCCCAACUGGAACCCCCGCUAACGAGGGUGUCUACCUGUACCGUAUGGUUGAUAUCACAACGGGUAAGGUCAGACGAACGAAGAUAACCAACAGGUCAGCCGGGCGUCUAGCAAUUGCUUCCUUUAGGGGCGUAGGCUUAGAUAUAGGAUCUAUCUCGUAUUAUGUACCAGGCUACCACGUUGGCCCGGAGUGUCCGAGCAUCCGCAUCAACAGCAACGCACUCUUCUCUCCGCUAUCGAGCACCGACAUACGCGUCCAUCGGCUCGAACAAGAAGUCCUCUUUAUGGUGCCUCGACCCAACGCCAUAUCUGGUCGCUCACACGCCUCCAUGUCGGUCAUCACCGUCGCUGGCAAGAAGCUCCACCUGUAUGUCCUACCGCCGGGAGGUUUAGUCGGGCUCGAUUCGCAAGACGCUGUUAAGGUCAUACAUGGUAGUAUCAUCAUGAAAGGGAAAGACGGGAGCGUCACCACACGUAAACUCGCUCCUGAACGACACCAGGCUGCUACUACACAAGUCUUAUCCUCCGACGGAAGGAUUCAGGCGGGGGACGACGGUGCGGUAUUCCUGCGCAUGGAGUUCCUCCCUGACGAGCCCCAGGGCCCGUAUACCGCCAUGUCGGAACUCCCGAUUGCCAACUCAUUCCCGGCCUCUGCGUCGCUUGAUGUACAAGCGCUGCAGUUCUCGUUUGUCAAAGUUGAGCAACUCCCAUGGGCGAGUAACGGCAACUGGGACGAUUUCGAGUUCUACAACAUGACCGGCUUCCACGUCUUCUUUGGCGACGACGCCAUGGAGAAGAUCUGCCAUAUUCAGCUGUGGACACUGGGACUUGGCGAGACAGCACGCUUCCACAUCCACGACACGUCCCCCUUCUGCGAGAUCCACUGUUGCAUCUCUAACGGCGGGGGUGAGGGCGGUAUGCGCUGGUUCCCCGACGGCGUCGACGGCGUCGACCCCGACCUGGAGCUAACCAAAGCCUACGUCGAGGCGAACACGCAGCGCGUCGCCUGCCCGCCGCUCUUCGAGCACGGCCCGCUCUGGAAGGUGCAGGACGGCUUCCGCGCCAAGCCGCAGCUGCUGCCCAACGGCUGCGCGGACUACCCGUGGCACGCAUGGCUCGCGAGCCGCUUCGGCGACUGGACGGUCCCCGUCAAGCCUCCUCUGCCGCCCGAAAGGCAGAGGUACGAUGUUUGGCUGGCGUGA